AUGGCUUCUGCUACUGGUUCAUCGCAGACAACAUUUACUUCGCAAUCUGUGUCCAAUUCAAGUACAACAUUGGUGGAUGAAUAUGCUAAUAAUCCUUACUUUCUUCCUGCGAAUGAGAAUCCAGGUUUUGUUCUUACAUCUCAACCUCUUAUAGGUCCAGAAAAUUAUAUGAGUUGGGCUAGAUCAGUGUUCUUGGCUUUGAGUUCUAGGAACAAGUUUGGAUUUGUGAAUGGCUCGAUUGCAGAACCAGAUCUUUCUUCUCGUUUAUUCAAUUCUUGGAGUCGCUGCAACACUACAGUUCUUUCUUGGCUAACUAAUUCUUUGAGUAUGGAAUUGAAAGCUAGUGUGAUGUAUAUCAAUAAUGCAAAGGAUUUGUGCUAUCAGCCUUUUACUGUUUGUUCUUGCGCUUGUAUUUGUGGAUCCAAGGCUUCUCAAUUGGAUGUUCAACAUAAGGAACUUGUUUUCAGAUUCUUGAUGGGCUUAAAUGAUAGUUAUAGCAAUCUUAUUGGUCAAAUGUUGCUAAUAGAACCAUUUCCUUCAUUAAGCAAAGUUUGCUCUUUAGUUAUACAAGAAGAAAAGAGGAGAAACAUUGGUCAUGGCAUUACAGGUUAUAAUAUUGAAGCAAAUGCUGAUGCUGCAAUGUUUGUUAAUCACAACAAAGGACAAUUUCAGCAUUUCAAUGGCGGUAAAGGAGGAGGGUAUUCUAAGAAAGAAAGACCAAUUUGUACCUAUUGUGGCUUAAUAGGUCAUAUAGCUGAUAAAUGCUAUAAGCUUCAUGGUUAUCCUCCAGGGUACAAACUUAAAGGAGGUCACAAAAUUAUGGCUAAUCAAGUGGUUGGUUCAUUGCCUCAAAUUGGUCUUCAAUCAGAAAUCAUGCCUCAAACACAACAACCUUCCUUAACACAAUGUCCAAUUACUUAG